CGUUCGAUGGUGAUGAUAGCAUGCGCAAUGAAUGCACCGAUACAAUUCUCUUCAACAUGCAAGAGAAGUACGGGUGUUAUUCGUUCUCUCUUUUUCCAAUGACAGAAAUGGAAUAACUAAUAACAUAUCGGCUGCCGAAAGUUUUUUCCCGAAUUUUUCUGUGUUAGAAAAAACUAAUCGUGAAAAAAUGUGGUGAUCUCUAAUCGAAAACAAUCAUCGAUUUCCCUCAAUCAGUUCAAAUGUGAUGUAUGAUUGUUCGCAUGUAUAUUUCGACAAUCUUUAAAGUGUUGAAAAUGCUUUAUCAGCUAUUCUGGUUCUUAACGACAUGUAUCACGUUUAUGUUUAAUGCAUUAUGGCUAUGUUGCAAUUUUGCCUCGGUAGGGAUACCGUGGCUUAUGCUACUGUUUUUCCUGGUUUGUAUUGCUUCCAAGUUCGUGAAACUGAAAUGCCCGGCAAGCGGCGUCGUGCAAUCGAUGCUCCACAGAAGUGUUGCGGAAAUCGGCUCCGAGGUUCUCUACUGGCCGAUAGUCAGUAGGGGUGGGGCUUUUGAUGCACCGGAAAAUUCAAUUGCCGCUAUCAAUCAUUGUAUUUCUCAUAGAUGCUAUAAUAUAUUGUUAGAUUUAAGUAUCACGAGCGACGGGCAUCUAGUAAUACUUCACAGAUCAACUUUGGAGAAAGCUAAUAUCAAUCAGCCUAUCAAUAAGUUGAAGAUGAACACUUUUGAUAAUUUAAAUAUAGCCGAGCAUCAUCCCUUAGGCCAACAUUUUCAACCAGAAAAAGUCAUCACUUUAGAUAAGUUAUUAAAAAUCUUAGAGUUGAACGAAAUGACAGUGUUUCUGUUAGCGUCUCAAAUUAAUACGAAAAUGAUCGACCAUGUGAAAGAAGUGAUAGCCAACAAUGAACUUUUCACCAAACGAAUAGUGUUUUGCUGUUCUUCGCCGAUAGCAAUCUACCAGUUGCGACAACACUGCCCCAACCUGGUUUGUGGACUAUGGAUGGAUAAAUCAUCAUUCUCGUGGACCCAGCAGUAUCUCAGUGCAUCGACAAUUCUUAUGUCCGUUUACGGUGCUGUUUUCCGCAACAUUAUUUCGCCGGUCAUUGGCAUAAGUUUGGUCUUCAUUCACAAGGAUGAGUUCAAUGCGCAAAUAUCAUCUUUAUGGCACAAUGUUGGAGUCCGGCCAAUAGUGUACACGAUUAACUCGCCGAAUGAAAAGCGAUAUUUCCAACAGGUCACGAAAACGCAGUAUCUGACCGACUCUUUGCGCUCUGAGCCCCAGAUUAUCUUUGGAGCGAAACGCAAGUAGACAACACAAAAAAGCGGCAAACGAUUUUCCCAAAAUUAUUUUAACAGCGGAAAUAAUAAGAAUAUUGAAUCGAUAGUUUUUCUAUAAGCAUCUAUUGUGUGACAAUGUUCGUAGUCCCAGUGGCCAUUUAAUUAUGGACUAUAAGCUUUAUUAGAUAUUUUAGUUCCUUUCCUUUUUCUUGUAGGAUAUGCAUUUAAUUUAUUUUGUAGUUUUUUUUUCAUGCAAACUGUUUUUUGUUGAUGUUUUGCACAGUACUGACUGUUUCUAUAUUCGGUUUAUCUCCGAAACCUUUCUAUUUUUUGCAGCUUUCGAAUGCUCGAACGAAAACGUACUAUUAAGUGCCUAGUUUCGAGAAAUAUUGUGACACGAAUUAAUGUAUUGCUGACAUCUAUUUCUUUUGCCUGCCAUUAUCGCAGGUAUUUUGUAACGAAAUGUGAAAAAAACGCUAUAGUAUUGCAGAGAAAAAUUCCUAGUGCAUUUGUUUUGUAUCAAAAUAUACGAAUAAAAUAAUUGACAUUUAAGUAA